ACGAACGCGUUUCCGGAAAUGAGCACAGUGUUUCCGUUUGUCCAAACUAGACUUUGAAAGCUGUAAACAAUUUGUUUCUCCGCGAUGGGUCGCAGUAGAUCACCGGACAGAGCUAGAAGAGAGGAAAAGAAACGGAGACGAUCUUCCUCCUCAUCGUCCUCCUCCUCUUCCAGCAGCAGAAGCAGAUCAAAGUCGAAUAAGACGAAAACUCACAAAAAGAAAGAUGGACAGAGAAAGAAGCGCAGAACUCGCUCUUCGUCAUCAUCGUCCACCUCCUCGUCUUCCUCCUCCUCUUCCUCAUCAUCUUCAUCCUCGAGAGAUGAGAAGAAAAAGAGGAAGAAAAGCAAAGCCAAGAAGAGCAAGCUGAAGAAGGAGAAAGCAAAGCUGAAGAAGGAGAAAGCUAAACUGAAGAAACAGAAGAAAAAGGAGAAGAAGUUGAAGAAGAAGGAGAAGAUUAAGAAGGAUGCAGAGGAGCCUCAGGGAGCAGCAGAGAAGCCUCCAUCGUACCUGGAGAUGUGGCAGAAUGAUGAGGAGGCAGAGGAGCUCGGACCAGUCAUGACCGACGAGCAGAAGGCCCGACUUUCCACUAAGAGGCCUCUCACCAAAGAGGAAUACGAGGCCAGGCAGAGCGUGAUCCGCAAGGUGGUGGACCCUGAAACAGGACGCACCAGAUUGGUGAGAGGAGAGGGAGAGAUCAUUGAGGAGAUAGUCAGCCGAGAGAAACACAAAGAUAUCAAUAAGCAAGCUACAAAGGGAGAUGGUAAUGCCUUUCAGAGAAAACUGGGAAUCAACAAGUCUGCCACUUUCUCUUCAACAGAUAUAGCAGAUUGUCAGGCACAAAAACUAGGUGGAAUCUUGAGUGGAAAAAUAUGCCAGUGUCUUAAAAAAGAAACAAGCUGAAAACCCUUAAGUCUGAAGAAUUAUUGGGCGGACAGAAUAAGUGGACAAAAGAUGAGUGGAGAUAUGCAGUAAGGGACCAGAAGUCAAGAGUUGAACCCAGCCCUGCUGUAACGAAGACUUUGAGGACAUGUUGACUCAAAUCAAACCCAUCUUUAACAUGAAGCUGAAUCUUGGUCUUUAAAGUGCACACACAGGUCAACGUGUUUUAGUUUUUCAUAACUUCUUUUUACUAUGUUCAUAAAAUGUACAAAGGAAAAGAUAAAAACAAAAUUAUCCAAAACCCACAAAAUAUACACCCUGUACAAGUCAAACAUUUUCCAAGCAUGGCUUGUCCGUUUUAGUUUUCCAGAUAUUUACAAUGAAGUUGUUGAAACAGUUGUCACAUUAGAUCAACCCAGGAAUCAUCUGUGAAGAACGGUAGAUUAAUUCUUUAAAAGAACUCUACAUGAACGACCGGUCUUCCUUUUUUAGGUCCGUUUGGGUGUAAACAGUAUUUAUUUGAAACAUUUUCAUACAACAAUGAUUAUAAAGCAAAAAAACCCAACAUAAAUGGCCUUUGUGUUUUUAUCACCACCACAAUUGAAGCGAUUGUCUGCCCCAAGGUAUUUAAACUUCAGUGUUGUUCCAACAUAGCCUAUUAUUUUCCAUAUUUCCUUUAUAUGUACAGUUGUUUUUUCCCAACAACUUGACCUUGACAAGCAGCAGAGGUACAGCGGUUUACUGUAAGUAAAAGCAGGAAACAUUUUUGAUUGAAACUGCAAGUUCCUCAUGAGAAGCUCAGAGGGCAAAAGAAGAUCUCAGAUAUAAAAAUCGCUAAUAAAGUGGUUGCAAAAUUCCAAGGAUUUUCAAAGUUGAGAUAUUUUCAUGAAAAAAAACGGCAACAAACCAGGAAUUAAAAAUAUUAAAGGUCACUCCUGAACCUGCAUUUUGAAUAUAGUUGGGGAGAUUUUGACUAAAACCAGAUUACAUGGCUGCACCACUGAAAAAAUGAUAAGACUGUUGAAACAUGAAAAGUUUUGUUUGAAAUUGUAAAAAAAAAGUUGUCUAUGUUGAUAA